AUGGGUUUUUCUGUGCGCCUUUACAAUGGAAUGGAAUCAUCAGAUGAUGGAUUCUAUAUUACAGCCUUCCACACACUGGGCAAUAAAAAUGACCUCAUCUUAGCUCUAUCUAUAAUAUACAUCCUCACUCUAAUGGGUAACUUUGCUCUGUUAGCAGUCUUCAUUAUAAACACAAGCCUACAAACUCCCAAAGAUGUUGAAGUGUGCAAUUUAACAAUAGUAGACAUCUCUUUGAACACUGUCAUCAUCCCCCAGAUGGUGCCUGUAUUUGUGUUCAAUCUGAACUACGUCUCCAUUGGGACGUGUUUUUCUCAGAUGUUCUUCACUCAUUUAUUUGGUGAUAUUGAUUCCUUUUCCCUGGCUCUCCUAGCGUACGACCGUGUGAUAGCCAUCUGUUUCCCUUUGCGUUACCUCACCAUCAACACCAACCUGAGGUUGCUGCUAAUCCUGGUAGGGAUCUGGACCCUGUCCUUCCUUUUGGAGGUCUCCCCUGUUGCGCUGGCCUCUAGUCUGCCUUACUGUGCCUCCAGGGUGGUGCAUAUCUGCUGCUGUGAACACAGCCCUGUAUACAGACUGGCCUGCUUCAACAGGAAACUAGCGACAGCUAAGUAUCUGGCUGUCCUGUUAGGCCCUCUAUCUUCACCUAGAGAUGAGACCAGGGUCGAGAAGGUGUUGACAGCAGAUGAAGAAGCCCCAGAGGCUGCUGACGAGGAGUUUUGUUUGGGGCGCAUGUCGGACAAGCAGCCACAAAGGUACAAGUGUCCACCUCCGCCGAGGGCCACCAAAACCUCCUCCUCAGAAACUCUAGAAUUCCCUUCCCUCCCGGAUGAGAGGUGA